AUGCAUGUAACUACGAUUAUAAGUGAGCUGAAGGAGGCCGCUUGGUUCAUUGAUAAGAGCAAGAACAACGGCAAUACUCCUAGCGGUUACAGCGGUGACAAAAAUGGUAUCAAAGAUUACAUGGUUUUGCUAAGCAACGGUCUUGGUGAUACGUCGAAUUGGAGAUCACACGGAACUGGUAAAGUGUCUGGCCUCCAAACGAUCACUACUGCUAUUCGGCAAUUGCAUCAAGACAGUCUGAACAGAAGCAUCACAAUCACCGGUGGCAUCGGCAACAUUGGGAUUGAGCUCACCAACCUUCGAAAUAACAUCUUGCUCAACAGUGACAAGAAGGACGUGAUCAACAGAUUGGAAGAUCUGCAUGACGCCGGCUUUGCCAAUAAUGAAACCUGGCCUGAUCAAGCAUCCACCAAGGGCCUCGAGACCAUCAAGCAAGACAUCACCAACGCUCUCAGUGACAUACAAACCCAGGUUACCGAUAACCUGGGAAUCCUCACCACCUUUGAUGAGGCAGCUCUCAAACAGUUCGAAGCGGUGAAGGAGAAUCUCACACAGCUCUGCGAGGCCAUCAAAACUGAAGGCACAUACGGCGUGGAUAAUCUCAGGGCAUUGCUCAAUACGACGAUAAAGGAGAAAUUGGCGCGUAUUAAGAACAAACUUGGUGAGCUACAAACCUUUGAUUUAAGCGCUGCAAUCAGGGAUGCUGAGAACUUCCUCACCAGCGCCGAUCCAACAGCCCAGGCAACAAUCACGUCAAUCAGAGGCGUAGUAAGCUCCAACGUCGAAGAAGCCCAGAACGAUCUCAUCACCCAAGUCAACAAGAACUACGUCACGUCAGUGAAAGCCAUUCUGCUAGAGUUCGCGGAGAAAGCCGAGAAGGAGUUGGCGCCUCUACCUAAGGAAAUCACCGACGAUUUGGACAUCGGUUACAAGGGGUUCAUGAAGAAAUUUGAGAAGCACUUCGUAACGCACGAAAAGUCAAUCAAGACCAUCAAAGACAUAAAUCCUAAGCCCGUUGCGCAAGAAAAAUCACCAAUGAGUCAGGCGGCAGCAAAGUUCUUUGGAAGCCUAAAUAGGUUUUUGCAUGAUCUAGAGAAGCAGCCGGACUUCAAAACGGACUAUGAAAAAAUUAAGCCAACACGUGACGCGCUGGCUAAGUUGUUCGGAGAUCUUGUCACUUCGGAGUACUUCAAUCACGAGUUUUCUCGAAAUCUAUCGGCGCUGAAAGUAACGCUCAGUGAAUUGAAGCCUUCAUUAUAUGGUGAAGGGAAUACCCCUUCGCUUCUCAAUGCUCUGAAGAACGGUUUCACGACUUCGGCAACGGAGCUCAACAAUGCGUACAUCUCGACCUACGACAGUGAGAGGUUUGGUGCUAACCUUGAAGAAAAAGGGAAAUUAACAGCGUACGGAACCAAGUUAAGUAAGGUCUGCUUGACCGUAGUUUCGACGUCAUACAAUGUGUUGAACACAGUGAGGAAGUACUCCGGUACCAUGUGGAGGUCUGACAAGAUAAAUCAAUCGACACCAAUCGGACACUUUCUCGGCAACAACGGAUACGUCGUAUCCAAGGACAUACAAGACGGCCAGUUGCGGAACGGAGAUGGUAUGCUAGGCUGGCAUGUUUACAAAAGCCUCGUUAAGAAUGCCGAUGGCCGUGUCUACAGACAUCAUGAUGCUGAUAAGGACAACGGUCCACUUAAAACUCUGCACAACUGCAUCGAAACAUAUUAUGAAGUCUGUCACCAGUCCACUUUCGCUGCGAAGCGACAACCAUCUUCCGUGUUUGAAAUGCUGUGCUGGUUGUGUGGGUUGCCGUGCAAUUCUGUAUAUGAUGCGUUGUUGCGUGACACGAUGAGUGAGUUAUUCGAGGAUCCAAAGAAGCAAACGACGGAAGCCGGCGAGGACCAUGAGUUCACGCUAGUCACGCCAGAUUCCUUAUACCUGAACGCGUACCCGAGUAACAUCACGUAUGGCAAUAGCGUAAAGGCAGUGCGCCACCUCUGUCUGAGAUCCUACGAUCUGCUGACUGCAAUCCUCGGCACCGGAGACGCGUACUCCAUGUACGCCGUCGACUUUUGCAGUAAUUCACUAAAUCUACACUACCCGUCCAAAGGCGACGACUGCCUACAAAUGCUGCUUGACAUCCUCCGUAGUUUAUUGCCAUCGCUCAACUUCUUGCACAGUCAGUGUGAGUUGACUGCCGAACAUCGCGGUUGGUCCGACUGUUGGUACGGUAAAGGCGUAGAGUCAUCCAAAUCGCAGUGUAAUGAUCACUCAACGGGCAAAGCAGCGUGCCAAGCAGAUGGUCAACCAAAGUGCCAGGCAAAGUGCCAACCAACGUCGCCACUUCAGUCUUAUUUGUCCGAUUGCCUUACCGGCCACUUGCCUCACCAGGUAAGCAGCAUCGGUUGCAAGGCCAAAUGUGCGACGUGUCCUAAGGUUCUCCCUGGGCAACCGUGCAUUACUCCUCUCGGCUUCCGUGGCUUUUCAGGUAGUAUGAAGACAGGUAAAGACUUAUGCAAAGCGCUAACCAAAUUCUUCUUCGAUGUGCAAUAUUCAUCGUUGCUUUGCUUGAUGCCCAAACCGCCAUCUACGUUACCAGAACACUACCAGUUUGUAUCUACAUUAGUGCGUAUGCUGGAGAAUAGCAAAGGCGUCAACGACAGUGCCGUCAAAACAUCAUUUGAAACGGCGAUUAAAGAGAUGUCUAUUGAACUGUACAAGGACACGAGUGACUUCACGAAUGCGCUUCAGAAAGCUUAUCGCAGCCACGACAGCUCCAGACAUGCCAAAUACUCAGAAGCCGACCUGUCCACGCUUUCGGUAUCGACGCCAUGUACGUUUGCUAGUAGCGAUAAGCUUCAUUGCGCUCCGUAUCUUAAAUCUCUAUGCGAGGAUUCAUACACCUAUCUCGCCGAGAAGCAUUCAGAACUGUAUUUUUCAUGGGCUCUCUAUUUACCAUUGGCAUUGUACGAUUGCUUGAAAUCACUGCUGGACUCAUUCGGCAAUAUCUCCUGCCGCGACUGGGGAUGCAGUCGUUGUACGCAUGGCACCAAAUGUUCUCGCGGUAAGCACGGCAUUGAGAACUGUCAGUGUCGUGGACUUGUCGAAUGCCGCGGUGUAAGUAGUACCUUCUACAGUUACGGAUUCACAUUUGGCGAUUCGACUAAAUUGCACGGCGAUAGCAGUAAGAGUUACUGCCAUCAUUUUUACAUACAACUGAAAAAUGUACUGCAAUCAACACAUUUCACAGCUUUGUUCAAGGAGUGCGACAAAUAUAUCUUCACCAUCAGACAGCCGUUUAUAUGGCUCAACGUCGCACUUUGGUCACUAUCCCUCUUCUACCUCAUCUGCGUAAUGGUUGGCAGACUGGAUGUGCUCCACAUCCGCUCACACCUGAGGAUACCAUCAUCGCACAGGAUAACGGCGCAGUCAUUGUUGGCAGCAGCGCAAGUCGGAAGGCUUGCCAAGAUAUCGUACCUACAACCGUAA